AGUUCAGUUUUAUUAAGAUCUAAUUUAUAUGCUAUUCACCAACUUUAAGCUUAGAAUUCAGUGAAUUUUGACAAAUGUAUACAGUCAUAUAACCACAUAUAUCAUUCUCAUCACCCCAAAAAGUUUCCUCAGACCUGUUUGCAGUCAUUCUGCUUCUCAUAAUCCCAGUCUCUGACAACCACUGAUUUGCUCUCUUUCAUUAUACCUUUGCCCUUUCCAGAAUUUCAAAUAAAUGGAAUCAGACAUAUAGCCUUUCAUGUUCAGCUUCCUCAAGAAAACCAGUCUUAUAUGGAGGAUGUGAAAACAGCAUAUAGGUUAGGGAAAGGUAAGGAAAAGAAAUAGUAAAGUUCACCAGUCUGAGUGCCCACCUCUUUCAGCUUCAUCCUAAGUAAUAAUACCCCUCCCACAAAAAAUCAGGUUUUAUGUGCUAGUUAUAUUUUUAAAUACUCAUUAGAGGCCAGAGGCAGUGGCUCAUGCCUGUAAUCCCAGCAUUUUGGGAGGCCAAGGUGGGCAGAUCACUUGAGGUCAAGAGUUCAAGACCAGCCUGGCCAACAUGGUGAAACCCCUUCUCUACUAAAAAUAUAAAAGUUAGCCAAGCAUAGUGGUACGUGCCUGUAGUCCCAGCUACUCAAGAGGCUGAGGCACGAGAAUCACUUGAAACUGAGAAGUAGAGGUUGCAGUGAGCCAAGAUCGCACCACAGCACUCCAGCCUGGGUGAUAGAGCGAGACUCCAUCUCAAAAAACAAACAAAACAAAACUCAUUUAAGAUAAAUACAUAAUUAUUAAAGACAAAAAACAUGUAUCUUAGUACCAUUGAUAGUUAUUUCAUGUACAUCAAUGAUAAGCAGACCUCACUUAGGAAAACACUGAUUUCAAAGCUCUUGACAUUCCUAUAUACUUCAAACGGUCUUAUUCUCUCAGUCAUUGAUUUGGGCUAGCGAAUCUUAAAUUUGGGCCAUUAGCAAAAUGUGUAAGUAAUGAUGACAUCUGAAUCCCCACAUGUAGCAUCAUAAUGUGCACAUUUACCUUACCUUUAAAGGUGAAUUUAAACCUUUUAUUUUUGUUUAUCUUUAUUUCCCAUUGAAUUUGGUUGGAAUUAGAAAAAUGUAUGCUUGAAUAUAAUGGAAAACGAAAACACAACUAAUAGAGACGGGAAAAUCGAGACUUGCCAUGCAGCAAACAUAGAUUGCGAUAGAUGCCCUGUGUGAGAUUUGAAGACAGUUUCACGUCAGAUAGAUGAUCGACUCAGUAUUGCCGGUUAGAAGAGUGCAGCACAGUCAGACCACAAAGACACCAUAGAAAGGGCAUAAUUACAUUUUGCAAUGGAAUGUCUGUGGACAGUCUAUAUAUGUGCACUCAUUCUUACUGUGUGUGGAUGACAGUUGCUCUAUCAUUUUUGUACAUUUAGAUGAGGACUCCACAGUUUCCUGUGCCUCUCUUCGUGUGAUUGUACGGGCUUAGCCGACUGAGUCAUUACAGAGUGUAGCACUGAUACAUCAUUGAAUCUAUGAAGACCAUGUCUUUCUGUGGAUGAGGCCUUUCCCUAGGAAAUUAAAACUCUGGGAGGUUCCCAAAGGGCCUUGGAAGUUUAAAUAAGAAAAAAGUCCAAGUUUAAUUUUUAAAAGCUCUCUUUUUUACAUUUGUCUUUGUGACAAUUGUUGCUAAUCAGCGAAUCUAGAGGAGAUUAUAAAGGGAGAUGGAUAAGACCAUUGUCAGGGGUUGCAGGUAUGUGAGUUCCAUACCUACUUCACCAGUGUUUUUUACUGAGGUCAAAUCAGGUCAGAUUGGAGUAUCUGAAGCAACUUUGAAAUAUAAAGGUGCAGCCGAGGCUGUCUGCAAGGGUGUGUGGCAACAGGAGUGGCACAGAUACACUCACUUUGCCUGAACAAAUAUAUGAGCCCUAGGUCUUUCAUAGCACUCUGAGGGAGAGAGACAAGGAGCUGCAUGCCCAAUUGGCAGUGCCUGAUCGCUAUUUGGUAGGAUGGUAUAAUAAUCCAGGGCUUUGAAUCAAGUGAGGGGGCCCAUUUGAGUCUAUGUGUUAUUAUUUGUCAUGUUGUUGUGACCUAUGAAAAAGUUUCUCAGGUCCUCUACAUGCUACAACCUCCCCGGGCUCAGGCAAUCCUCCCACCUCAGCCUCCUUUCAGAGAAGCUGGGACUACAGGCACACGCCACCACGUCCAGCUAAUUUUUGUAUUUUUUGUAGAGACGGGUUUUGUAGAGACCACGUUGCCCAGGCUGGUCUUGAAAUCCUGGGCUCAACCGAUCAGCCCGCCUCAGCCUCCCAAAGUGCUGAGAUCACAGGUGUGAGCCACCACGCCCAACCUUAAUGCUAGCUGUUAAACUGUCUUUCAGAGGAGGCCAUUUUAAAAUGAAAUCUUGGCUCUGUUUUCAGUGAUAAUUUCAUAGUUCUAAACCCCGAUUAAUUCUGAAUUGCUCCAGCUUAAGCAUGUAGUUACAUAGAGAAUGCGCCUAUUUCUAUCUCAGGCAAAUGGUGAUUGUCCUGUUGGUAACAUGACUUCAUUGUCAUUUUUUUCCUCUGGAGACUACUGUGAGGAUUCACAUUACUAAUACUUGUGCAGGCCUCACUCCUUAAUUUAACAAGCAAUGUCAAUACAAUAAUAUUUUUUCUUUGCACAGAUAUAAGACCUUUUUAUUUUAAAACUGUAAAUUCAACUCAAAGAUUGCAAGAUCAAAAGCAGCAUAGAACAAUGGUCAUUUAUAGAUACAUGAAUUCCAGGAAGCUAAACAAAUAAGAAUUUGUACUAUAAGUAAAGUAGGUUAUAUAAAUUUUAAAUGAAGGAAAAAACACUAAAUUAAGGACAAAAAUGAUCUUUUUCCUUCUUUGAAUUGCACUCCUUGAAGUAAUAUAAAAAAUCUCCCAAAAUCAAAUAUUAAAAAAUAAUUUGUUUAGGCCGGGCGCGGUGGCUCACGUCUGUAAUCCCAGCGCUUUGGGAGGCCGAGGCGGGAGGAUCACGAGGUCAGGAGAUCGAAACCAUCCUGGCUAACACGGUGAAGCCCCAUCUCUACUAAAAAUAAAAAAAAUUAGCCGGGCGUGGUGGCGGGCGCCUGUAGUCCCAGCUACUUGGGAGACUGAGGCAGGAGGAUGGCAUGAACCCGGGAGGCAGAGCUUGCAGUGAGCCAAGAUCCAGCCACUGCACUCCAGCCUGGGCAGAGCGAGACUCCGUCUCAAAAUAAAAAUAAUAAUUUGUUUAAAUGCGUUUACAAAUAAUUUUCCCCGGUAAAACACAGGGAAGAUCAAGCAAUAAAUAAAUAAGCCCUCUUGUUUCAAACCUCGUUGCUGAAAAUAAUUGUAUUAGUAUUUACUACAUUGGUGAGUGCCUGGGGAUACCUUCCACUUCUAUGAUCUUUGCCCUGUAUUGUAUCUACGUGUAGAUGAGGUGAUUGUCAAAAAUAUGUACUGACUUCAAGACAUAGUGUUGACUGAAGUUGUCUUUAUUAGAAGUCUCAGCCGUGCCUCCAGUUUCGAGAUGAAUCUCAAUUCACAAGUUCCACUACCACCACCACCAUCACUGCCCCCAGAUAGAAUGAGACUUCUAAUAACUUGAAAGACAAGUCUAUAAAUAUCCUGUAAUCGUUUUCACUGUAUCACUUUUUCCUGGCUACUUUUAUCCGAUAAAAACCUCAAAUUUAUUUUUAAGCUAUUACACAUGCGGACAACGGGAAUCUUAGUUUUAUGCAAAAACGCAACCACGCAUGAGAAUUGCGCAAGUCUUUCUUGGAAUGGUCUGUUUUUGGAUGAAGUCAUCAGACGUCAUUACACUUCUUUAUUUUGGGUUUGCCAACUCGUUUCCCAGAAUUUAAAGACUAUAAUGAUGGUAAAAGUCAGUUUCGCACUCUGUCAAAGGCUUGGCCCGUUGCCUUUUCCUUCCCGGCAAUACUCGGUUCAAUUAGGUCUUGUCCCCUCAUUAUCUGUGAGGACUGAAUUCCACCCCCGCUUUUCAACGCAGGCUAUUUGCUCGGGGAAAGUCAAACCAUCCCUCAAAGGAUCAAAGAGCUCAGCCAUAGACAGAGCCGCCAGAGGAAAGCGGAGUCGCUGCGUCAGAUGAAAGGGGCCCCUCAGUCUCACCCCUCACCGCAGCUCCUGGGAUCUUAAACACAGGGUCAGGAGGAUCAGGAGGAACAAGAGGGAUGGAGACGAAAGGCUGGAUCCUUAAUCCAAGCCGGAGACAAAGUGACUUAAGCAACGGAGCGCGGUGAAGCCCAUUUUUCUCCUUCCUCGCAGCCGCGCCGGGGAGCUCGCGGCGCGCGGCCCCUGUCCUCCGGCCCGAGAUGAACGCUGCGGCAGAAGCCGAGUUUAACAUCCUCCUGGCCACCGACUCCUACAAGGUUACUCACUAUAAACAGUAUCCACCCAACACAAGCAAAGUUUAUUCCUACUUUGAAUGCCGUGAAAAGAAGACAGAAAACUCCAAAUUAAGGAAGGUGAAAUAUGAAGAAACAGUAUUUUAUGGGUUGCAGUACAUUCUUAAUAAGUACUUAAAAGGUAAAGUAGUAACCAAAGAGAAAAUCCAGGAAGCCAAAGACGUCUACAAAGAACAUUUCCAAGAUGAUGUCUUUAAUGAAAAGGGAUGGAACUACAUUCUUGAGAAAUAUGAUGGGCAUCUUCCAAUAGAAAUAAAAGCUGUUCCUGAGGGUUUUGUCAUUCCUAGAGGAAAUGUUCUCUUCACGGUGGAGAACACGGAUCCAGAGUGUUACUGGCUUACAAAUUGGAUUGAGACUAUUCUUGUUCAGACCUGGUAUCCAAUCACAGUGGCCACAAAUUCUAGAGAGCAGAAGAAAAUAUUGGCCAAAUAUUUGUUAGAAACUUCUGGUAACUUAGAUGGUCUGGAAUACAAGUUACAUGAUUUUGGCUACAGAGGAGUCUCUUCCCAAGAGACUGCUGGCAUAGGAGCAUCUGCUCAUUUGGUUAACUUCAAAGGAACUGAUACAGUAGCAGGAAUUGCUCUAAUUAAAAAAUAUUAUGGAACGAAAGAUCCUGUUCCAGGCUAUUCUGUUCCAGCAGCAGAACACAGUACCAUAACAGCUUGGGGGAAAGACCAUGAAAAAGAUGCUUUUGAACAUAUUGUAACACAGUUUUCAUCAGUGCCUGUAUCUGUGGUCAGCGAUAGCUAUGACAUUUAUAAUGCGUGUGAGAAAAUAUGGGGUGAAGAUCUAAGACAUUUAAUAGUAUCGAGAAGUACAGCGGCACCACUAAUAAUCAGACCUGAUUCUGGAAACCCUCUUGACACUGUGUUAAAGGUUUUGGAGAUUUUAGGUAAGAAGUUUCCUGUUACUGAGAACUCAAAGGGUUACAAGUUGCUGCCACCUUAUCUUAGAGUUAUUCAAGGGGAUGGAGUAGAUAUUAAUACCUUACAAGAGAUUGUAGAAGGCAUGAAACAAAAAAUGUGGAGUAUUGAAAAUAUUGCCUUCGGUUCUGGUGGAGGUUUGCUACAGAAGUUAACAAGAGAUCUCUUGAAUUGUUCCUUCAAGUGUAGUUAUGUUGUAACUAAUGGCCUUGGGAUUAACGUCUUCAAGGACCCAGUUGCUGAUCCCAACAAAAGGUCCAAAAAGGGCCGAUUAUCUUUACAUAGGACGCCAGCAGGGAAUUUUGUUACACUGGAGGAAGGAAAAGGAGACCUUGAGGAAUAUGGUCAUGAUCUUCUCCAUACUGUCUUCAAGAAUGGCAAGGUGACAAAAAGCUAUUCAUUUGAUGAAAUAAGAAAAAAUGCACAGCUGAAUAUUGAACUGGAAGCAGCACAUCAUUAGGCUUUAUGACUGGGUGUGUGUUGUGCGUGUGUGUAUAUGCACACACACACACCUGUGUGUAUGUAAUACAUAAUGUUUAUUGUACAGAUGUGUGGGGUUUGUGUUGUAUGAUACAUUACAGCCAAAUUAUUUGUUGGUUUAUGGACAUACUGCCCUUUCAUUUUUUUUCUUUUCCAGUGUUUAGGUGAUCUCAAAUUAGGAAAUGCACUUAACCAUGUAAAAGAUUAGUGCUAAAGUAAGCUUUUUAGGGCCCUUUGCCAAUAGGUAGUCAUUCAAUCUGGUAUUGAUCUUUUCACAAAUAACAGAACUGAGAAACUUUUAUAUAUAACUGAUGAUCACAUAAAACAGAUUUGCAUAAAAUUACCAUGAUUGCUUUAUGUUUAUAUUUAACUUGUAUUUUUGUACAAACAAGAUUGUGUAAGAUAUAUUUAAAGUUUCAGUGAUUUAACAGUCUUUCCAACUUUUCAUGAUUUUUAUGAGCACAGACUUUCAAGAAAAUACUUGAAAAUAAAUUACAUUGCCUUUUGUCCAUUAAUCAGCAAAUAAAACAUGGCCUUAACAAAGUUGUUUGUGUUAUUGUACAAUUAGAAAAUUAUGUCAGGACAUACCCUAUACAAUUACUAACCUUACUGCCCCUUGUAGAAUAUGUAUUAAUCAUUCUACAUUAAAGAAAGAAAAUAAUGGUUCUUACUGGAAUGUCUAGGCACUGUACAGUUAUUACAUAUCUUGGUUGUUGUAUUGUACCAGUGAAAUGCCAAAUUUGAAAGGCCUGUACUGCAAUUUUAUAUGUCAGAGAUUGCCUGUGGCUCUAAUAUGCACCUCAAGAUUUUAAGGAGAUAAUGUUUUUAGAGAGAAUUUCUGCUUCCACUAUAGAAUAUAUACAUAAUGUAAAAUACUUACAAAAGUGGAAGUAGUGUAUUUUAAAGUAAUUAUACUUCUGAAUUUAUUUUUCAUAUUCUAUAGUUGGUAUGACUUAAAUGAAUUACUGGAGUGAGUAGUGAGUGUACUUACCUUAAAUGUUUCAAUUCUGUUAUAUUUUUUAUUAAGUUUUUUAAAAAUUAAAUUGGAUAUUAAACUGUA